AUGACUACCGAUCACGUCUCGAAGCCUACCGAGGCUGAUGCCUUGAUCCUCGAAGCUUGGGGUCAGGGUCUGAUGGUUGGAAGUCUACUCAUUAUGGCUGCUAUUACGCUUUCCAAUAUGAAGUCACAUAUUCUCUUGCAUAAGCUGAUCUUCGCGGAGCUCAUUCUGGCCAUGGCCCAUGGUACUUUCAUCUUCCCCCACGAGCCAGUCUACGGCUGGUAUUUAUCCGUGACUGCGAUCGGCCUCAACAUCUCCUGGGCCCUGCAUAACGUCAUUGCCUGGAUGAAGAAUCGCCCAUUCCUAUCGCGAAAGGUCUCGAUCAUCUACAUUACCACGGUUAUUCUCUGCUGGCCCUAUUGGGGUCUGGAGAUCUAUGCGAACUUCACAUACUUCAACAAUAUCAAUAAGAUCUUCCUGACAACUCGGCCAAUGGAGCCAUUAUUCCGCGACCCGUGGUGGAUCUUCACAACAGCCAGUCUAUUCUGGACGAUCAAGCGCGAAUACAACUUUGGAUUAUGGGAACUAGUAGUAGUCAGCCCACGUUUCGGAAUCAUGUUAGCGGCAAUGUGUCUAUCGAUUAUUUUCAUGGUGGUCGAUACCUGCAGCGUGCUGAAUGCCUUUCCCAGCACGCUCCCAACCGGCGUCGAGCCGUUCUGGAAAUUAUCCUUUAUCUUCAAAUGUCUCUGCGACACGGUCAUUCUCGACGACUUUAAGACUGCCCUCGAUCAUUUACGCGUACAUUGGAUGCGCAAGAAGAACGGACAGUUGUUCGUCACCCCGCUCACAAAUCAGAACUCCACCCCCAGCCCUCGUGCAUACAGGACACGUGGGGAUAUUGAGACGGCUGAUUUUUCUAUUACACCUACUACCCCUUCGAAGGGAUCUUACCCCCAUGCGGUGCAUAUGGACGACGUUUGA